AUGACAAAUUUUGAUACAGAAAGGGUAAUUGUUGAAGUUCAGUGUCGUCCUGCCAUAUGGGACCAAUCAAGCGAAAUAUUUAAAGACCGGGACGCUAAAUCAAAAGCAUGGCUAGACAUUUGUAAAGUACUGUUUGAAAAUUUUGAUGACUGGAGUGAAGCAGAAAAAAACAUACAAGUGAAAAAGCUGCAGCAAAGAUGGAAAACUGCAAGAGACACUUAUAUAAGAGUGAGGUCUACUAAAAAAAAACUUAAAUCAGGCUCCGGUUCCAGGGCAAAUAAAACAUACGUUUACUAUAACAUGCUGUCAUUUUUAGAUUCAAACUCGAAUACUCAAGGAGAAGAAUCGGCAGACAAUUUUAAUCAGUCAGUAGAGCAAAACGCGUCACCGAGAACUUCACAAAAUAAUACGAUUAUUGAAGAAGAUUUGAUUAAUGUACCUAGCACCAGCUCCAGCGUUACCAAAGAAACACGAUCUUCCAAGAAACGUAAGUGCGAAUCGCCAACUGAUUUCGAAUUAGAGUUGUUAAAUUACGUGAAGAAUAACACUGCAGAUAAUAUGGACGAAGACUUGAAUUUUUUUAAGUCAUUAUUACCAACUGUAAAAAAAUUGAGUUGCUUUAAAAAAUUAUUAUUUCGUACGAAAGUAUUACAAGCUUUAAUUGAUAUUGAAAAAGAAAUGAUUAUUACCAUUGAUGACCUUUCAUUAACGCAAAAUACGGUAACGAAUGAUUUAGAAUCCUUAAAUGUAAGAUCAGAUACGAACAAUGAAUAAAUAGGUAACAAGAAAGACUUUGAAGAUUUGAUUAAGACUGUUUAAUUAUUAAGAACAAAAGAAAGAGAAGAACAUGAAGAACUAUUUAAGUUAGUAAAAAGCGCAAUUUUAUAUUUAUAUUUUUCUGGUCUCAUGUGCAAUUAUUAUGAUAUACAAGGGCAUUCGCCAAAAGUUUACAAGCCUUGAGGUGUCAUGUUCAUAAGGAAAGAAACGGGGU